GUUGCUGCCUCUCAUACUGAAGAAGGGAGAAGAAGAAGAAGGCAAUGGCAGCGGAGGAAGGAGAAGUGAGGCUGAUCGGGGCGUGGCCGAGCCCGUUCGUGCUGCGCCCGAGGGUCGCCCUGAACCUGAAAUGGGUGGAGUACGAGUUCCUGCAGGAGAAGUUCGGGGAGAAGAGCGAGCUGCUUCUGAGAUCCAACCCUGUGUACAAGAAGAUCCCCGUCCUCCUCCACCACGACAAGCCCGUCUGCGAGUCGAUGAUCAUCGUGGAGUACGUCGACGGGGCCUGGGCUAAUUCCGGCCACGCCAUCUUGCCGGCCGACACCUACGAGCGCGCCCUCCACCGCUUCUGGGCCUUCUACAUCGACGACAAGUGGUUCCCGUCAAUGUUCGGCAUCGCAAAGGCUGAAACAGAGGAGGCCAAGGCCGAAUCCGCAGAGCAAGCGUGGGCCGGGCUGAAGCUGCUCGAGGAGGCGUUCGAGAAGCUGAGCAAAGGCAAAGCCUUCUUCGGCGGGGACACCAUCGGUUACGUCGACAUCGCUCUCGGUUCCUACCUGGGAUGGGCGAAGGUGAUCGAGCGGAUGACCGGCCUCAAGUUGUUCGACGAGGAGAAGACGCCUCUGCUCGCGGUUUGGGCGGGGAGGUUCUGCGCCCACGAGGCCGUGAAGGAGGUGAUGCCGGAGACGGAGAAGCUGAUGGAGAAUUGA